AUGUGUCAACCUUUGGUGUCUGACCGUUGGUCGGCAUUUCUGCCAUACACGUCGGAUCGUCGGUCGGUAAAGAAUCCCGACCAACUGUCAGUCGUUAAGUGGGCCGGCCCGCGCGGGGCGAAAAUAUUAGCGCCAACAUUUUGGCCCAACGGCGCGAAAACUUUCAUUGCCCCCACCACACCAAAAUCACCUCCGCGGCCGCCGCUUAUAGUGAACCCUAAAUCCCCAAAUCCAUCCACGAGUGCGGCUCUGAGCUCCGGCCAGCCUCUCCGCCGCAACAUCUUCCUGCCGCCCCACACGCUCAAGCUCUCCUGGCCGCUCGAAGUGUUGUCUCCGCUGCGGUGGAGCACCCAUCCGGCGAGCACGACCUGCCCCACGCGCUCCCAUCUGGUGGUCAACCGUGAGAUCUCCGUUCCCAAGCCAUCGCCAUUACUGCCCACAUCCAGCUGCAACCCGUGGGGAUUUUCGUAUUCGCACUACCUAGUGAGGAUUCUUGAUCCCAGCGACUCACGACUUUGUGGCGGCGGCGCAACAAUCCUUCUCCCUGGCCGUCAGUGUCCCACCACAGCAGUUGCAUUUUCUGCUGAUCCGAUAAUAAUCAAGUGUGCAACUAACAUGGAUAAAAGUUGGAUGAAUGCACCUAGGCAUACAGAGGAGUACAUACAAGGGCUAGCUAGAUUCUUGGGCUACGCAUUUGCUAAAUCAUCGGUCGAGAACAAAAUCUUAUGUCCUUGCAAAAACUGUGUGAACUCGUACUUGGAGAGAAGAAAGAAUAGUUCGUGA